GUAGCACUGUACUGCAGCUCUCCUCGUGCUGUUUACCUCGAGCUCAGGGGAGCAAGGGUAGUUUAAGGAGGAACUCCUGUGGCGGAGCACCCCGCCCCCCUUCUCCAUCUCCUCCUCUUCUCCUUCUCUCCUUCAUUCCUGAGGCAAGACCAAGGAGGAACAGAGCUUUUACUUGGAGUCCUACUCUCAAGUCUCCACAGAAUCAUUUCUUUUUAAUCACUGCUUUUCAUUUUAUUUGCAAAGCUAUAAGAGACGGUUUUUGCACAUCACAUUUUAUCUCUUCUUGGCUGAAGUGGAAAACUUUUCCAGCAAAGUUCGGCUCACUGGGCGGAGUGAAAGUAACUCACAGUAGAGUUUACAGCACGCGCACACACGCAGGUAGAAUGGAUCUUCUGGUGUUGGUGGCGUUCAGCUCCUGGCUGGCUCCUGCACUCGCCUCAGCAGCGGAUGAGGACAAAGCAGACUAUGACAGCGCUUUUCAUUACGAUUAUGAGUCUCUGAGGAUCGGUGGGCUGGUUUUUGCCGUGGUCCUGUUCCUGAUGGGCAUCGCCCUCAUUGUCAGCCGAAAAUGUACCUGUUCGAAGAGCGAUAAGUCAAGGGGUCCUGAUGUAGAAACAGGUGCUCCAAGGGCAUGAAGAGCCUAAUGAGCAGCGGACAUCUGUGUUACAGAGUGACCGAGAGGUGGCAGCAGAUAGCUUGAUCACAGCUGAAGACAAUCUUUCCAUGAACACAAGAAGCUUUCUUCAUUUUCAUAAUGUUACCGUGCUCCUGUUGUUCUUUUUUAAUGUUUUUAUGAUGAAUAACUGUUCCUAGAUAAUGUGCCAACUUUAUACAGUAGCAAUGGUGUGAUUCUCAUUUGUAUUAUUUGUGUGUGACUUUCUGAUUGAUGCAAGAAAUAAUAAAAGUAAAAAAAUGAAAAGA